GCCCCUACUUCCAGCAUCGCAAGCAAAAUCAUGUCCUUUGGCUUGGGCCUGAAGAUAGAAACCGUGUCUCCAUUCCAGGGCCUUUUUCGCCCAUUUGUGGGACAGCCUUGUCAGUCGUGUAAUCCCAAUAGUAUGGAAAACUUCUUCUACAAGAGGCACUCAAGACUUGGAUUCUGCAACAUCAUCCGAGUCACUGAGGAGAAUACACGAUAUCGCGGCUGGUUAGUCAGACGACUAUGCUGUGUCAUCUUUAUAUGGCAGGAGUCAGUUGACCAGAAUACCUGCUCUGAAUUCACAGACGCUAUCUACAAGCAUCCCAGCGUCCAGUCUGCAGUAAAUGAAGAACAUGACAAAGAAAAACACGUAAAACCAUUGAGCUGUGCUAAUAUUCCAGGCAGCAGUGGUCGGGUGGAGGUGCAGAGGAUUCUGGGACACAUCCAGCAGACUCUAUCUCCAUUUUUUAUAAGACUGGUGCGCUGGAUACUUCUGAAGCUGCUGCAGCGCUUGUACCUGAACCUCCAGCUCCAUUGCGGCCAGGUGGCCACGCUGCGAGAAGUGUCAGCUGCGUGUCCUGGAACUCCUGUGGUGUAUCUGUCUACUCAUCCUUCGUGGCUGGAUGGCCUAUUGGUCCCUCUUGUUUUACACUCCCAAAAUAUCAAGGUGCCCCGUGUGGCCUGGGAUAGGACAGACUGCCCCCGAUUACUCAGAUAUAUUUUGCAGAAACUGGGUGCUGUCUUCCUUCCUCCAGAUGGACAAUCCAGACAUCUCCAUAAAGCUGUUCUUUCUGCGUAUACGGAGACAUUUCUGGCAGAUGGACAGUCUUUGCUGGUGUUUCUGGAGGUCUUGUUCUCUCCAAGUUGCCACACCUUAUCCCCAGUCGCUUGUGAUUGGGUCUGGACAAUGAUGACAGCUAUGGAGUCUGGAAAAGUGCCAGACAUUCUCAUAGUUCCAGUGGGGAUUUCCUAUGAUAGCCGUCUUGAAUUUUCCAGUGCAGGACAGGUGGAUUCAGCUUUAAAAGUGUUCCGCUUUGUAUUGUCUGCCUUAUGCCCCUGGACCACUACUCUGGGCUGUGCUCGUGUCGAUUUUGCUCAGCCUUUUUCAUUACAGGAAUACGUGAGUAACUACAAGUGGAAGCAUUUAUCUCCAGUCCCUUGUUUACGAGAUGCUCUUCUGCCUUAUAUCCUGGGUGUGAGGAAAAAGAUGUAUGAUGAGAGCGCAGUGGAAAGGGAUGCCAACUCCACGGCCCUCCAGGAACAAGCAUUGCUGCGUGGAUUCUUGAGGCAUUCGCUCAGAGCUGCAGUGUCCUGUUCCGCGAUCAUGGCCUCUCACAUGAUUUCAGCACUUCUCCUCCAUAAACACAGAGCUGGGGUCUCCCUGUCUAGACUCCUUUUCGAGUUCUCAUCAUUGACGGAAGAUAUCCUCCUUCAUGGAUUUGACUUGGGAUUUUCUGGCCAGCGCUGGGACCUGCUUCGCCACAGUCUCUACAUGUUGCGGAGCCACGUGACCCUCUUUUCUGCACCAUCCAAUGAUGUAUAUGUUUUCUAUCGAACAUCGGAUGAUAGCGUUAGACAGCUGGCACAAAGGAGUGCUGCCUUGCUCCCUGUCUUCCUGUAUGAAGCUAUAGGAGCCUGUGCUUUGCAUGCCCUAAUGGCACAGCUACCCUCUCUGUGUGUAGAGGAGAUUUACUUCACCCAAGAAGAACUGAUUGAAAUGACGAUGGCUCUCUGUUCCCUGCUUUCCAAAAAUAUCCUCCUCCAGCCACCAUGUCAACGCCUCUAUUUUCUGUGCCAGGAUAUUCUGGACAAAGUGAUUCACUGCGGUCUUCUCUCCAUGUAUGAAGACCCCAAUGCACCUCUAGCUUGUGACACAGGGAGACGAAGCUUUGCGGACAGACUUAUGUGGAGAACUCUUGAUGACCUGUCAGACAGCGACAGCGACUUCACGGAAAAAAAAGUGAAGCGACACUACAUGUUGGGCCGCUCAGACCAUCAUGCCAAUUUCUUUGUCUUCCUGUGUCGUCUUUUGGGCCCGGUUUUGCAGACGUAUGAGAGGACUGCAUCAUUCCUGCUGGAACAUGAAACAAGUGGAACUGAGACAGAACCAGAAUAUGUGGAUCGACUGCACCAGUACCUGCUGCUGAAAGCGGAAGAGGAUGGGUCUUAUGAAUGUACAGAUCGUUCUCUGGCUGUCUGCGCUGUUCAAACCUUCAAAGAUCUUGGGGUCUUUCAGUGUUCCCCGAGCAGUCAUGGAUCAACACUUCACCUCUCAGAUGCCUUCCUUCUGAAGGAAAACUGCAGCAGACUUGUAUCCUUCAUCCAGCAGUUUAUAUACAAGCGAUGAAAGGUAUAAACCCCUCCCAUACGAAGAAAUACUAGAACAAAAUGUAGAUACCCGAGGGAAUCACACUUCACCAGAUGGUUGGACUUUGUUCAAACACUAAUUAUUUGC